GAGGAGGUGGAGGCGGAGGAGAAGGCUGCAGCUGGGCAGCUGUGGGAAGAGCAGCGGCCGCAGCAGCGGCAGCAGGCAGUCCCGGAGCUAUGCUGUUUCCAGCGGGGCGCUGCUGAAGAAGCCGUUCUCUGAACUGGACUUUAGGAAAGGGGGGGCUCAGGGGAGACCCAGGAACCCAGGAGUCCGAGGGGACCCCAUUUAAACCCGCUUCAACCACAAGCUCCCCCCCUCAGCCGCCACACACACACCCGCGCCCCUUCUCGGCUGCCACUCUCGGUUUUUCCAAGACUCCGGAAAAGAUCUGCUCGUCUUCUUCUCCCCACCCCGCCAAUCCGAACUGAUCAGCACCUCCACUCCCCCAUCCCACCCCCGCCGAGUGUCAGACUCUUCCUGGCCUUUGGCUCCAUCGAACUUGAUCUCGUUUAUCUCCUCCACCCCAUCGCCUACACCCCUUAUUUCUCCCCCCCCCCCCUCGUUCUCUCCCUCCUCGUUUCCUUUUCUCCCUUCUUUUUCACCCGGCUUCCCCUCCCCCCCGGCCACUUCGCUAACUUGUGGCUGUUGUGAUGCGUAUUCCCGUAGAUCCGAGCACCAGUCGGCGGUUCAGCCCCCCCUCCAGCAGCCUGCAACCCGGCAAGAUGAGCGACGUGAGCCCGGUAGUGGCUGCCCAGCAGCAGCAGCAGCAACCGCAGCAGCAACAGCAGCAGCAGCAGCAGGAGGCUGCGGCGGCGGCAGCAGCGGCGGCGGCGGCGGCUGCUGCGGCGGCGGCUGCGGCGGCUGCGGUGCCCAGGCUGCGUCCGCCGCACGACAAUCGCACCAUGGUGGAAAUCAUCGCUGACCACCCGGCCGAACUCGUCCGCACAGACAGCCCCAACUUCCUGUGCUCCGUACUGCCCUCUCACUGGCGUUGUAACAAGACUCUGCCCGUGGCGUUCAAGGUGGUGGCCCUAGGAGAAGUACCAGAUGGGACUGUGGUCACCGUCAUGGCUGGUAAUGAUGAAAAUUAUUCUGCUGAGCUCCGAAAUGCAUCUGCUGUCAUGAAAAACCAAGUAGCAAGAUUCAACGACUUGAGAUUUGUGGGCCGGAGUGGAAGAGGAAAGAGUUUCACCCUGACAAUAACAGUCUUCACAAAUCCCCCCCAAGUUGCCACCUACCACAGAGCUAUUAAGGUUACAGUAGAUGGGCCUCGGGAACCUCGAAGGCACAGACAGAAGCUUGAUGACUCUAAACCUAGUUUGUUCUCUGAACGCCUCAGUGAUUUAGGGCGCAUUCCUCAUCCCGGUAUGAGAGUAGGUGUCCCGACUCAGAACCCACGGCCCUCCCUGAACUCCACACCAAGUCCUUUUAAUCCACAAGGACAGAGUCAGAUUGCAGACCCUAGGCAGGCACAGUCAUCCCCUCCAUGGUCAUAUGACCAGUCAUACCCAUCCUACCUGAGCCAGAUGACAUCACCAUCCAUUCAUUCCACCACCCCUCUGUCCUCCACCCGGGGUACGGGGCUUCCUGCCAUCACCGAUGUGCCCAGACGAAUUUCAGGUGCUUCAGAACUGGGCCCUUUUUCAGACCCCAGGCAGUUCACAAGUAUUUCAUCCCUCACUGAGAGCCGCUUCUCCAACCCACGAAUGCACUAUCCAGCCACCUUCACUUACACACCGCCCGUCACCUCAGGCAUGUCCCUCGGUAUGUCAGCAACCACUCACUACCACACCUACUUGCCACCACCCUACCCUGGCUCCUCCCAAAACCAAAGUGGACCAUUCCAGACCAGCAGCACUCCAUAUCUCUACUAUGGCACUUCAUCAGGAUCAUACCAGUUCCCCAUGGUGCCAGGGGGAGACCGCUCUCCCUCCAGAAUGCUUCCGCCUUGCACCACCACCUCGAAUGGCAGCACGCUAUUAAACCCCAACUUACCCAACCAGAAUGAUGGCGUUGACGCUGAUGGGAGCCACAGCAGUUCUCCAACUGUUUUGAAUUCUAGUGGCAGAAUGGAUGAAUCUGUUUGGCGGCCUUAUUGAAAUUCCUCCGGCAGUGGCCCAAGCACCCGCGAGCCCCCCAGCCCCAACAAAACAAAAAACAAACAAAAAAAAACAAACCAAAAUACCAAAACCAAACAUAUAGAUAUACAUACAUACACACACAUGUAUGUGGUGACACACAAACACUUGCACACGUGUGUUCACACGUGUGCCAUACAUGUACUGUGCCCGCACAGUAAUGCGACCUAUGCCGUGUAUAUGUGUCUAUACACAUACCGGGGCAUAUGUGUAGAUGCAUAAUAUAAACACAAAUGACAUGUAUGUGUGUGUAUGUAUAUAUGCGAUCUACAAAGUGCCUGUUUUUUUCAGCGUUUUCACUCGCUGAGUCGUGUUGUUUAUAACGGUUACAAGGCUACAUGAUCCUGGGAGGAAAAAGGCCGAGCAGUAGCCUCCGUAGUUGAGUUUCAGAUUAUGUGAAUCCUAGCACAUUCUUUGCUUUUGAAACAGCUACCCUUGUGUUCUUUCUAUUUAAAAAUGUACUUUUGCAUACCCACCAACAAACCAAGAAGGCGGCGGUUGGGUUUUUUGGGUUGCUGUUGCUUGGACCGUCACGAAUCACCUGUUCUUGUGCCAAUUCUGAGAGGUGGACUCCAGGUAUUAGGAGGAAAAAGGGCGAUACAGCCCCCUCUGUGUGCUUGAAGCUUCACAAACCUUCCGUAUACGGCGAAGGCCGCGUGAGGUAUUGGACCAGUGGAUCCGGCCAGUGCAUUUUCCAAACCGACUUACAAAGUUGGUGUAGAUGCACAUAAACGAAAUAGAUAGAAUGAGAGCUUCCAUUCAACUCUAGACUGUUCCUAAUAAAUAUUGCAAACUUCUCUUUAACUUGCUGCAGAUAAAUAAUUGAAUUUUUUGGGUUCAUAUUUUUUUUCCUACAUCAAAAAAAAAAUUACUCUUCGUGGUACCAGUUGGAAUAGGUAAUCUUAUUGGGGUUUUUUUUUUUUUGGCCUUUUUCUAGUUAACCAAAAAGAACCCCCAUACCUGCAAUCAAAUCCUUUCCAUUUUUUUUAUGCAAAAAAAAAUGAAAAUGGCAAUAUCUUCUUAUAGCCAUAAGGGUAUAGAUAGUAUUUGUGUUUCAUUGUGUGUUGUUAUUUGUUUUCUUUUUUUUUUUAAAUUAUGAAUAUGUGUAAAAUCUGAGGUUUCUUGCUGACGUGGAUGGUCAUAUAACUUUAAAGAAAUAUUUAUAAUUAUUUAAUAACAUUUGGACCCUUUAAACAUUUCUUAGUGUAUUGCUAUGUUGACUUCGGUCUCUAAAAGUGCUUUUUAUUAAAUAACAAAAUUUCUUCAGUGGGCUAUAGCCAUACCUGAAACAUUGCUAAGCAAUUUCAGUUUGUCCAGGCAUAAUGUGAUUUUUAAAAUGCUUUCAUCCCCAAGUAUUUUGGAUGUAGCAUAUUUUUGUGAUGUAUGAAGGAAGUGUUGUGUUUAAUUCAAUUAGAUCUUUGGUUACCUUCAACACAGUUUGCCUUUUUAAGCAAUAAAGAUUAGGGAGUGAAAAAACAACCUUUUAGCUUUAUCACUUAUGUCGCCCUUCAUCAGCAUGAAAUGCUGGAGUGAUGUGGUUUCUUAACUUCUUUCAACUGGAAAUGAUUCUUGUCACAUUAAAGAGACAAGCACAAGUAAAUCAUUGAACUGCAGGGAAAAAAAAUGUUCUGUGGUUUCAGAGUUUAGCAAAACUCCAAUCUCCAAGCUUCAUACUGAAGAUGCAAGUCACCUUAAAGCCACAUGUGUGGAUAAAGGCCUCUAUCAGGAUACACCACAGUCCAGGGAAGCCAAAUUGCACCUGGGUUUCUUAAUCAAUCAGCUUUACCAAUCCUGAAAUCGGGGGGAGACCCAGUCUGCUCUGCCCAGAGCCCCUCUGGCCACCUGCCACCGCAUUUACAUUUAAAGGAGUGGAUCUCGGCCAUCUUUUGUCCUAAGUGGGAAAGUUGCCUGCUUACAAGUCUCAGCAGGUAGUUGGCCUGAGAGGGAACACAGCAUGUUAGGACCUGCUGUCUUUGAAACUGUAGUUCUUCAUAUAAAGAGUAAAUCAAGGUGUUUAGGGGCGACACUGGAGAGGAAUUCAGGCUGUACCUGCCCUGUGGGAUGCACUUUUACCACCCCUACAGUCAAAAAGCCUUCAGUCUUUACAAUAAUGUGAGGUCACGUCAUAUAAUGACAUCAGGUCUAUUCUUAGCCAAAACUGCAGGAUAUGUUUAAUAUUAUUACCAGAGAGAGACCCAAAUUUAGAUUUUGAACCCGCCCCUUCCCCCAACAAAACAUGUCCCAAAAAAUCCCUUUCUCCCCCAGUAUUGUCCCCAGCCUCCAGAAACAUUCAUGUUCUCCCAUAUAGGGCAGAAACUCGUUUGUGGGCUUCUGAUUCCUACCUAAGCUGAGUGGCGAUGGGGCCUGUGGGUGAUGGUUACAUUAUGCUCCUAUCAUUCAGCCUAGCUCCUAAAGAAAAUGGAGGGGGGGAAAUCUUUUGCCUUCUAAAGGUUGUAUAACAAGUAUGCUUAGAUGUAUAAGCUACUUUCCUAUUUCUUAAGUUUUCCUUUAAAGAUGGAAGCUGUAAUUGAUACUAUUUAUUGUUGGUUUGUGGCAGCUUGAAGCACGCCACUGCCCAUUAUUUGUAAGUGUAAAGUAUGUGUGUUGGUUUCAGCAGCACUUAAAAAAGCCAGUGUCUGGUUACACAUUUCAAUGUUAAUUAAUCGAGAGGAAAAUGUUACUGCCAGUGCCAGCUGUAGCCUAUUUAAUUAAAAAAAAAAAAAAGGUACUAUAUUUGUACGUUAUUUUUUAUGCAGAAAAGGGCUUUUUAAAGAUUACUGUACACAUAUUAAGUGAUUUUUUUAGGGAUGCUUUUGUGUUGAAAUGUUGUUAUAGUGGCUGCAGGCAGCAACCCAGAAACACUUUAAAAAGAUUUUUUUUCCUUUGGUAAAAUUCAAGCACUUCAUUUCUUUUUUUUUUUCUUUUUGUUUUUUAGAGGGGGGAGGAGAAUAAUUCCCACUUCUUAGACCAUAGUCUGCCUUUUUUUUUAAGCCUCUUUUCCCUGCUUUAGUGCGUAUGCAUUUUUUUUUUUUUUUUGACAGGACCAUGAAUUUGCAUUGGGUGAUCAGUACUUGAUUUUCAUUUUCAAAGAAAGGGGGGAAAAGAUUUCCUAUCUGUUUAAUCUUCUGAAACCAAGUAUCAUUCCGAUAGAACAGGCUUGAAGGAGAUGUGUUUUCCUCAGGGCUAAACCAGCACGGUCCUUAUAGGCAGCAGAAAUGUUGGCAGAGUUUAUAGAGUGACCAACAAAGCUUAGCCCUCAUCAAUCUCCGGAUGUCCUGUUGUCUCACAAAUCUAACCUAUGUCACAGAUCCAAAACAGGUGCCACAAUUCUUCUCAUAAACUGACAGAAUGUCAUAUAACUAGUCCCUGUAGACUUCCAACAGACCAACUAUUAUUUGCUCUUUAGUUGUCUGCAUCAGGCCAGCACCCUUUAAAACUUCUGUGCAGAGAAACGUAAGCUGUUAGAGACCCCGCAAAAGUGAGGAGAAGUGAUGGAUGCGCUGGUUCACAAGAGUUCAUUCCCAUCUCGAUUAUUAAGGCCCGUUCCAGAAUCUAGGUUAACUCGACUGACCACAAAACAUUCUCAAAAGCAAUAAUUACACCGACAACAUUCAAGAAAACUGUCAACAAAAAGACCAGUCUUCUGAACCUUGAAUUUGUUAUUUUUAAAUAUAAUUCACUUCGUUUUAACAUUUUUCUUUGUGAGAAUUUUUAGAUAUUUGUUUACUUCAUGUUUACAGAUAACUGUUUGCUUGUUAGUGCAGUAUGUUUAAUUAUAUCAGCCAAAACCAUACUUUACAGUAAUUUUUUUUAGGUAUUAUGAAUGAAAUUCCAUUUUUUGGAUAUGCUUUACCAUUCUUGGUUGCUGAUGGAACAAAAAUAUUUGUAGCAUUAUGUGUAAAUACAUGCUUUUUUAUUUUUAUUUUUUUUCCCCAAUUGCUAUUGCGCUUUCCGUGCACAUAUUGUACAAAUUCUGCUUUGUGCCACAGAUCACGAUUGUGGAUGAGUUUACUUUUAACUUCAAAGGGACUAUUUGUAUUGUAUGUUGCAAUUGUAAAUUGAAUUGUUUGGCAUUUUUCUCAUGAUUGUAAUAUUAAUUUGAUGUUUGGAUUUAAUUUUCAAUAAAAUGGCUUUUUUUGUUUUGUUUUGUUAA